AUGGAAUCCGGAAGAGAACUUUACAAAGCCUUUCGCUUCAAGAUCGUCAACCUUUUACUGGCUGCCGGCGCUCGUGUUGCGGCGGUCGACGAAGACGGAAACACCGCGUUGCACCUGGCGAUCCUUCAUGGCUACAUUGAUUGCGCCAGAUUGAUGUUAAUACACGACGACUCUUCACUCACCAUCCCGAAUAAGAGGGGCGAGAUCCCGCUAUUUGUCUCCGCCAAAGGCCAGUUUUCAGCCGAAUCUCCCAUGGACAUGGCCGAGUUCCUCAGCCGCUGGCACAUCCUCAACCGGCCGAUGCACCGCGCGGUUGCGAAUGGAGAUGUCAUGACCAUUUACAAUGCGUUAGACUCCGGCGAAAGUAUCUCGGCCCGAAGCAUGCUCGGAGACGCACCGAUCCACUUGGCAGCGGCACGUGGUAAUGUUGGAAUGGUCAGGUUUCUGUUAUCGAAAGGCGCCUUCGCGGGCCAGGCGGGCUACCUCGGUCAGACUGCCUUGCAUCGCGCAGCAGCAGCUUGUGGCCAGCCGAAUAAGAUACACGGGCUGGACUCUCCUACUCAGAAAUACUGGACCGAACCGGAGAUUGCUCUGUUCCAAUCCGUCUGCGAGUAUCGGCAACACAAAAGAGACACCAUACCGGAUCCCUCUCGAUGCUUCGAAGUGGCCCAAGCAUUGUUAGACACAGGCUUGAGCCCGACCGUACCAGACGCACUACUACGGACCCCUCUCCAUCUGGCUGCUGCUACUGGUGACGAAGCCUUGGUACAGUUGCUCCUGGCGCACGGCGCAGACCCCAACGCGCCAGAUCUGGAUCUCAGGACUCCACUUUGGUACGCAGCAGCAUCCGGCAACAUCGAUUUGAUGAUGAUCCUCAACCAACACGGUGCAACUACACGUCUUCAGCCAGAGUACUUCCGGGACGUAGGACACCUGGCGGUGCAGUGUGGCCGGAGAUGCGUAUCAGCCGACAUGCUGAACAAAGCCGACGAACAAGGGCGGACGCCGCUGAUCCACGCGGUCCAGACCGGGGCGAUGGCGUCUGUGGAACAUCUCGCACAGGCCGGCGCGUAUAUGGGGCAACUCGGGAAAGGCUGGUCGCCUCUUGUUCAAGCUUGCGACAAGCGACACUGGGGGGUGGCCAAGCUGCUGCUCGACCGCGGCGCGGAUGUCCGAGAAUAUGAGCACGAUCCGAAGGCCUCAAACGCCAAGGCGCUACAUCUGGCAGCGAGAGGCGGCUCUUCUGAUAUGAUCAGAGAUAUCCUGCACGCGGAAGCGAAGGCUGAGGAGCAACCGGAUCCUCCGAAGGUGGAACGCACACUUGCACAUUCUCGGCGCCCCUCUAUGCAAUCGAUCAAGUCUGUUAUGACGCCAGACUUUCUGAAGGUGGAGCGCGCACCCGCGCAUUCUCGGCGCCCCUCUGUGUCGUCAUUCAAGUCCGUCAUGACGACCCAGUCGGGCUGGUCCGCGGUAAUGAAGGUCACGAGUCCAACAGCUCAGAAAAUUGGCUUCUACAAGUGGACGCCGUUGCAUUUCGCAGCAAGUAUGGGGCAUACAAACGCUGUCAAGACAUUGCUCGGGAUCAUGGACAGAACGGAAAUCAUCUCACGAGAUAUUGAUGGAUUUACUGCUGGGGAACUGGCAAAGGAAGCGGGAUAUGAGGAAAUUUUCCAGCUCAUAGAAGAGCGUUUGGAUUGA